GUGCAGGAUUUCGCGGCGUUUUGCCCAUUGGCGUUCCGAGGAUUAGAUCGUGAGGAUGUUUUGAGUGGUGUACAAGAUUGGGCGGGCAGUGCAAGGAAGUGCACGGUAUUUCGGUUUGCGCUUCGUUCUGGGAAUUCUUCUUCGUGCAUUCCACGCACCUUCAAGCGAACCAUCGAUGUGCUGUGAAUAGUAACAAAAAAAAGGAAUAAUGGCGCACUGAUGGUCGAUAGUCGCACGGUAAGGUAAGGGACCUGUGAGCACCGGAAGGCCGGAAGUGAGCUCAGCUGUCAAGUGGCGCCAGCUUUCGCUCGGCACUGCAGUCCUUGCUAGCCGUCCAGCAGCGAUCAAAGCAAGCGCCCCGCGAUGCUGUGCACCGUGCUGGGCAUCGUGCUCGGCGUGCUGGUGGCCCUGUAUGGCCUUUUUGAGCUGCACUACUUCCUGCGGAUGUGCCUUUGCGUGGUCUCGGCGCGCUUUCUCAAGAAACGGAUGCACAUUCUGGACACGAGCAGCGUCGUCGGGCUCUGUCUAACGAACGACAUCGACACGUUGCUGUACCACAUGAACAAUGCGCGCUACCUGCGCGAGGUGGACUUUGCUCGCGUCGACUUCUACGAGCGAACGUCCCUCUAUCGGACCAUCCGAAGCAAAGGAGGAUCCGUCGUGCAGGGGGCCACCACCAUCCGCUAUCGGCGGUUCAUACGUCCCUUCACACGCUUCACGAUUAGUUCCAAGAUCGUGUACUGGGACGAUCAGUCCAUCUUCAUGGAGCACCGGUUCCUCGGAGCGAACGAUGGCUUCAUCCACUGCAUUGCCUUAUGCCGGCAGCGCGUCAUACAGUGCUCGGUGGAUGACGUUAUGGGUACCCUGCUCAAAAGCGGUCCCAGCUUGCAGGCCCACGGCCCGGCGGCGCCGGCAAAACAUUCGGCGACGUCCCAAACCAGCUCGACCGAGUUUUUGGACAAGGCCGAAAACGGCACCGGAUCCGGUGUGCUGGCGGAACCGGCACGUCUCUCGAAGCCGGACCUACCGCUCGAGGUGUCCAAGUGGCUCGAAUGGAACGAGAUCUCCAGCGCCAGCUUGCGGAGCGAAUGCUGAAGUGAAGCCGGAGACCAACCGGACGCGAGCGUUUUGCAUUCUUCACUGUUACUCGUUGUCCUUGUCGCAUCCUGCCCACUUGCCCGAAAUGGGAGGUCUAUUAGAACUCCAACUCCGUGUUCCUCCGUGUUCGUUCCGCUGAUCUCAAAAACACCUGCUGUUCCCCCUUAAGAGUUCCCUCUAUCUCGUUGUUGACUCCUUCUCUGCGUAGUGGCUAAAGUAAACUGAUAAUGUA